CGCGCAGCUACAACUAAUCGACAGCUGUUUUUCCAGCGACCGCCAUCCGCGCCUUGGCGAGCGCAGAAAGAAGACUCGUAUCGAGCGACAGCGCUUGGCGGAAGCGUACUUGAAGUCGAGGCUCGUUGGGUCGCCAAGUCGUUGCUCACUCGCCCAAGCUGCACGUCGCCGGCGAGCCUCAGCGACGACCGCCCAAGGACACGGCAACAAGUAGCCGAUUCCGAACGAAAUGUCUACAACCCGAGCACGCACCUCUGUUGUCUCUAGUUAGUCGUUGGCGUCAAAGCAGCCAGGAGUGUCGAGUGAGUUGUCGAUGGAUCUUUCGAAUGGCCCGGACCUCCUCGUGGCUCUGGUCGUCAAUGCAUUCGAUUGGCUAUUUGGAUGGCUUCGAAAAUCCCGCGACGCUGAUUGGUUGUUCGAUAUCGGCCAAAAGCGAGAGCGCAUUUUCACAUUGGCCAGAUGACCCGCAUGUCGACGUCUGUGGCCCACGCCGUGCUCUUCUCGACCGACCUCUUUCGGAGCGUGGCGCAGUUCCAGACUGGCGCGCCUGCCGCGCUGCGCAAGCCGCUCGCGCAUCUCCGCAAGCUUCUCGGGCGCAUGCGCUACCGCUGCGGGUACGGUCCGUCUCUCUGGCUCGGCUUGCCGAACGACGAGGCGAGCUGGCUUAAUGUCUAUGGCCUGCGGGCGCUCAUGCUCCUCGCCCGCCACUGCCCCAGCGCGGUCCUGAACGAAGACGUCUUUGACUACAUGAGCGGGUGCGGCCAUAUGGACGCGGUCUGCCUCCUCCACGACUUGAAGGCGCCGUGCACCAAGUACGCGCUGAACGCCGCCGCCGAGCACGGCCACCUCGACGUCGUCAAUUUUCUUCACAGCGAGCGAAAAGAAGGCUGCACGACGCAUGCGAUGGACUACGCCGCCAAGAACGGCCAUGUCGACGUCGUGCGCUUCCUCCACGAGCACCGGACCGAAGGGUGCACAAUUUACGCGAUGGCAGCCGCCGCGUCCCACGGCCACUUGGCGACCGUCAUGUAUCUGCACGCGAACCGGAGCGAAGGCUGCACGGCCGCGGCUAUGGACCUCGCGGCGUGCAACGGCGACGAAGCCAUGGUGCGCUUCCUGCACACAUACCGGCCCGAAGGCUGCUCGUACGUCGCGCUCGACGGCGCCGCCAAGAUCGGGCACCUCGGAACCGUCCGCUUCCUCGACACCCACCGCUCCGAAGGCCGCGUCGCCGACGCCCUUCUCUCGGCCGCGCGCUUUGGCCACACCGAUGUGGUCGACUACCUCCUGACGCGCACAGCGUACGUGGACGCUGUCUUGAACGUCGCCGCGCGCAACAACCAUGCAAGCCUCGUCACGCACUUGGUCUCGACCUACGCCACGCACGGCUCGCCCAAGGCGUUUAUCUGGGCUGCGAUGGCCGGCCACACGGACGUCCUGGAGGCGCUCUGGGACUUCGACAUGGAUGCCUGCCCACUCCUCGCUGCGCGCCGCGCCGCCUCCGAGUUUAAACAUGAGCGCACGCUGCAGUGGCUCGACACGUGCUACACGUCAUCGCUUGUGCCGUGGACGGGCGUCAUCGACCACAUUGAGUUUGUCCUUGCGGAAGCCCGCCCGCGUCUCGUCUUUUGAAUGCGCUGUUUUGAGUCGUUGUCGAAUAAUUUAUUCUGCUUUUUAUUCUGUA